AUGGUCGCGACUAUGCAGGAACACUAUGAAGCUAUGCUGAGGGAGGCCUCGGCCAGACUGGACGGUACUCGGGACCAGCUGGAGGCGAUUGAGGAGGAGCGCCGUCGUCUAGAAGCGGGCUUGCAGGCUUCAGUGAAGCAUAGUGAGAAGGCUAAAUUGAAGCACGAGGCGGCUCUGGCAAAGGACCUCAAGCUGCUCGAGGCCGACAUGGAGAAGAGGAACAGACGAUUGAAGACUCUCGAGGAGAAUCUCACUAAAAGCGAGCAGGAGGGGCAGGAGGCGCAUAAGCUGGUGGAAGAGCUCCAGCGAGAGAAGGAGGAGUUGUUGUAA